CUAUGCUCUUGAGACUGAUUUUCUGCUUUUUUAUCAUCAAAGAAGCCUUUUGCACAGAUCCAGAAGUGGUCGUGCUGCGAGCAGUACGCGGCAGGGACGCUCGUCUGCCCUGUGGCCAGGGAAAAGUGUUUCUAGAUGGCCCAGACUCUUAUGUACUCUGGCUGAAAAAUGACAGAGAUUUUCUAUAUCGAUUUCCUAAUGAAGAUUCUGAAAGAAGGUUGAUAAAUCGUGAUCGCAUCUACGGCACAUCGUGCGACACUGGAGCAUGUUAUGAUGAUACUUCAUUACUCCUGAAAAGGGUCACUGAGGAAGAUAGUGGAAUUUACAGAUGUAGGGUUCACUACCAAGCUUCUCCAUCUCUUGAUUUUGUCAUUGAUAUAAGGUUGGUGGAUUCGCCGGGGUUGCCUCGAAUAAUCAACGAAGCUGGUGAUGAAAUAAAAAGGGGCUACGUGGGACCACUGAGUCUAGGGUCCGAUAUGACUUUAAUUUGUGAAGUUGAUGAUGACCAACCAGACACUCUUGUCUACUGGCGUCGGAACGGAGUGAUAAAAGAGCGAGCCCAUACUAUACGUCCUGGAGUACUUCGAGCUGAUGUACACGUUCACAACGCAACCCGAGAUGAGCUCGACGCGCAUUACGAGUGCCUUGCACAAAAUGCUGAUGUCACAGAGCCGCUAAGCGCAAGCGUAGUCGUCAAAAUGUAUUUGCCGCCCAUUAAUGUGGAAAUUCGUUUAAACAACAACUUUGACUUCGAGGCGGGACAGCCACGUGUUGUGGAUUGUGUGAUUGUUGGGUGUGUCCCACCACCAUCAAUAACUUGGCACCUUGGAGACGUUCUACUAAGACCUACUGUUCACAAGGAACUGCAUGAUGGAAACUACACUGUGUCUUCAUUAACACUGGCGCCGUCGCUUCAGAACACCAAACAUGACCUCGUCUGUCGCGCACACAAUUCUCAUCUACCAAACGGAGUGUUUGAAGACAAAGUCACAUUGAAUGUGGGAUUUCGUCCCUUAUGUAUUUCAACAAGGGAAGAAACUAUAGGCGCUGUCGAGCGAGAAGCUGAAACUGUGGUUUGCAUUGUUGAAGCAUCACCGGAACCUCUCCAGUUUAGUUGGACCUUUGCGGACUCUAGAACACUAUACACUAGUGUUAAGAAGCUACCAGGUCAUACACACAGGUACUCAUCUACAUUGACCUGGCUUCCUAGGGAGAGUGAUAUUGGUAUUCUGCUGUGUCGGGCGACAAACGCGUUUGGGGAACAAAAGCGUCCUUGCUCAUAUACUAUCUCAGAAGGCGGUCCACCUCGAGCACCUGAUUGCGUCGUACUACGCUCUUAUCCACACGCCAUCCGUAUUCACUGCCAAAAAGGUUGGGAUGGAGGAAGAACACAAACUGUGUACUUAGAACUGCUGAACGCGGACGGUACCUUGGUCCACAAUAUUUCAAAUACAGCUGGACAAUUUCAACUCCCUGAUAUAGCAGAUGAAAGAAAUUUGACAGCUGUAGUGUACGCUGCGAAUUCUAGAGGACGAAGUGAACCGAAGACAUUACAUCUUCAGACAAUAACACCUAUUAGUGCGUCAGCUGUUAAAAAGUACUCCCAGACGGCUAGUUGGACGCCCUGGCUGGAAGGUAUAGGUAUUGUUGGAGUAAUAGCAGCCGCGGUAACUGGAUCAGCUAUCUGCUUCAAAAUAAUCCGAAGCAAGAAAGAUGCAAUCGAACACAAUCCCGAUUUAGUACCUCGAUCUGAUGGCACAUUUCAUCGAGAACCCGACUUUACCCGGGAAGAACGUCUUGUUGGUACGACAAAUAUAACAGUUAAUCAACUUGCGUCAUGUCAGAAUCAAUACACGCCUUCGCCCGUACCUUCUUGUAGAGUACUAGUGGGUUGUAGUCGUCCGCCGCCUCAAGAUUCUUGUCCUGCAACUCAACACUCUUAUUUUGUAUAAAAUAAUGAGAUUAUAAGAAAAUAUUUGCAUGAUAAAUAGCCUUCACCGAACUUUUACAGGUGUAGUCAGAGUCGUUCAUUGAAUUAUUUCUAAGGAUACUUAAUAGGCAUACAUAUAACUAUGCGACUCGGCUUAAUGCCCAAUUGGUAAACGAUUAAAAAGCAUAAAGUCAAAACUAUUGCCAUAAUAUAUUUUAAAAAAAACUAUUAAAAAAGCAUAAAUAGUACCUUCUUUAACAAAUGUUAAACUUUUAAUGAACGACACUGAUUUUAGUUGCCAGUACCUAUUUUGUAUGUAAUUUGUAUAGAAUUUAUACCAUUCACUUUAAGUAGGUUUUAAGAUUAAGUUCCGUAUGUCAAAUUCAAUACGUUUAUUACAUACUGGAGUCAAACUUAGCAAAGGCUUUGUAAAAUUAAUACAUGUAAAAUUAUUUAAGUGACUCACUUCCCUGUUAGACCCUGCUAUUAAAGUAGACCUACUUGUAAAUGACACCGGCUUUACUAAUCUUUAUAGUAUAAUUAAUAAGUUUUAAAAAUGUUAAAGU